GCAUGUCCUGCCUCGACGGCGAACAUCUGAAUCCGAAACCCCAUAUAUUCCUCCGUUUGGCGUUGUCGCCGCCACGUGCCCGACGCGGUGACGUAGCUGGCACUCAACUGCCAAGAUGUUCUGGAGAUUUGGCGCCUACGCCAGCAUCUCUGCCAUCGACACCAUUCUCGACAAGCCCGACUUUACGCUUGAAGAUCUACUCGACGAAGGCGACCUCAUUCAGGAGCUCAAACAACACAAUGCCAAACUCGUCGAGUACCUUCGGGAGCCCGGUGUCCUCGAGGGGCUACUGGAAUACGUCGUCACACCAAAGCUGGAACCCGUCGCCACACCGGACAAUGACGAAGAGGAGGGAGACGAAGCCAAGGGUAAAGGAAUAACCCUUCCCUUUUCUCGGCCGAGAGCAUCGUCUCGGGCCACAGACAUGGACAGGGAGGAAGAGGGGGAGAGGAAGCGCAACAGAUAUGCUUUCGUCGCGGCCGAGGUUUUAUCAUCCGACAACUGGUCCAUCUACGAGGCCUUGAUGGAGAGCAAACCCCUCUUGCGGAAAUUCUGGCAGUUCUUGAAGCGGCCGACGCCCCUCGAUCCCCUACAAGCGAGCUACUUCACCAAAGUCAACGAAUCCCUCUUCGACAAGAAGACGGAGGAGAUGAUUGAUCUGCUCAAGUCUCUGGAGGAUGCCGUCCCGGACAUGCUGAAACAUGUCGACUGCCCAAUGAUCAUGGACCUGCUGCUGAAGACCAUCAGCCUGGAGCGGACUGAGAGCGGCCAAGGCAUUGUCGAGUGGCUGUACACCCAGGAUGUCAUGCCCACUCUGCUCUCCUUCCUCGGGCCCGAGCAUAGCUGGGCGACGCAGACAUCCGCUGGCGACUUUAUGAAAGCCAUCAUCACUGUUUCCGCAAACGCGUCGCAGAACGAGCAGACAUGCAUCGGCCCCAACGAACUUACGCGACAACUGGUCUCGAAGCCCUGCGUCGAGCAGUUGAUCAAAUAUAUGCUCGGCGGCGGGAACCCUCUGACGGUCGGUGUGGGCAUUAUCAUCGAGGUCAUCCGCAAGAACAACUCGGACUACGACCCCGACGUCGGAGCGGAGCCGAGCUCUGCGCCUUCGAGCCGCGAUCCCAUCUAUCUCGGCACCCUGCUCCGGCUGUUUGCCCAGCACGUUCCGGACUUUAUGAACCUCAUCAUGAAUGCUCCCGCACAGAAGGAGCGGUUGGAUUCGACGUUCGGAGACAAGAUAGAGCCGCUUGGCUUCGACCGCUUCAAGACGUGCGAGCUGAUGGCCGAACUUUUGCACUGUAGCAAUAUGGCCCUACUGAACGAGGUCGGGUCCGAGGAGCUUAUUGCGGCUCGCGAUGAGGAGCGCCAGCGGCUCAGAAGGGACGGCAAGCUCCCUUGCUUCCGCGGCGAAGAAGUCCACUCUUCGGCCGAGGACCUCACCAUGCACAUCUCGCAUUCCUCCACGCACGAUGAAGGCCGCAGACUCGAGGUCACGAACAUAUCUGCCGAUGACGACGGCUUCGAGGAAGUUACUCACGGCGAUGAGGACACUUCUCACGAAUUCGUGAGAGCCGAGGAGGACAUGCCCGAUCUCCCCGAUGUGCCCACCCAUCCUCCCACGACGCCGUUUCUGGACAAGGACGACGACGACUUUGUCGACGAGCCGCUGAGCUCUCCACGGCUGAACGUCCGCGAGCUUGAUUCGAAGGACGAUAAAUCCGACUUUGACGACCCGGAACUGAUGGUGGCCCCGCUCUCUCCGUCAAAACCGAAGCCUGCCGAACCCGCGGAGGAGAAAUCCGAACCCGCGCAGGAGAAAUCCCAACCAGAGGGCGAGACGAAAUUGGAAGAGUCCAUCGAGGAAAUUUUUGCGUCCUCGCUGGACGCCAAACCUCCCACAGUCUCCGAACCCCAGCGCGAGGGACAUGAAGCCGCAGCGGUUAGCGAGCAGUCGGCGACGCCUGCCAUCCCCACGCCCACUUUACCUGACUUGGACACUGGGACUGACGAGCAGCCGCCUGCGCCUGACGUCUUGUCGGCCCAUGCCGAAGAUAUGCCUGCACCCUUGUUCUCCGAAGAGAGACACGCCGUAACAGAUGGCUCAUCUGAAGGUGGAAAGGCCGUGCUGCCUGACCAGCCCGCCACCGCAGAGGAGGAGAGCAGGGUGAAGGGGACAGAUGUCGGCGAGCACGAAAUGGGCGAGGCGUCCAUCAUCGUCGGUCAUGCAGCCGAGCCGAGCCCGCCUGCGAAGGAAGACCCGAUCAACCCCGUGGUUGGCGACUACCUGAAGAUGCAAUUUGCCGAGUACCGAGUCGUGCCCACAAUCCUGUCCUUUUUCUUCAAGUAUCCGUGGAACAAUUUCUUGCACAAUGUCGUCUACGAUGUCGUCCAGCAGGUCUUCAACGGCCCCAUGGAUCGUGGCUACAAUCCCACCUUGGCCAUCAGUCUUUUCGAGGUUGCGGAUAUUACGUCGCAGAUAAUCAACGGCCAGAUAGCCAGUGAGAUGUCGCAGGCCAAGACCAAGACCCGCAUGGGCUACAUGGGCCACCUGACCUUGAUCGCCGAGGAGGUGGUCAAAUUCACAGAGCGGCACCCGCCCGAGCUCCUCAGCGACGCCGUCCUCGACCGGGUCAUGCCGCAGGAGUGGAUCAACUACGUCGAGGGCGCGCUGGCCGAGACGCGGGAGCGCGACAACGCCAUCCUGGGCGGCGUGCGGCCCGAGGUGGCCAUGAGCAAUCGCGCCGGCGCGUCGGGCCUCUCCGCCGCGGGACUGUCCAGCAUGGGUCUGUCAUCUCUCGGCGGCGGCAACGGCAAUGGCUCCGGAGGCGGCGGCGGCACGCAUUCCACGUCCAGCGCGCUCGCCGACGCGGGCCUCAACGGGUCCCUGGACAUGAGCGACAACGGCGGCAACGGCAUCGGGCCGUUUGCCAUCAGCGCGGGGACACUCAUGAGCGGGUUCGGUUCGAGCAGCGACGAGGACGAGGACGAGGAGCAGGAGAGCGAGGAGGACGUCAACAACGAGUUCCGAGCCUACACCGACCCACUCAACGCCAACCAGUCCUCGUCCAUAGACCCGCCCUCGAUCCCGCCCCCUCCGCCCCCGCCUCCACCGCUCAAUAUCCCGCCCUCCCGCGCGCGCCUCCAGCUCGCCGCCCGCCUGGCGAUGAACAAGCGCAACGCGGCAGCGGCUGCGGCGGCGGAGGCGGCGGCAGGCGAGACAGGGGCCGGGGGCGCCAACGGCGGAUCAGAUGGGGAGGAGGGCGACGCGUCGGCGGGGGGAUUCAACGUCUACAGGGGCCUGCAGGCCGCGCCCGAGCUGCCCUCUUCCUUCAGCGGGACCGAUCGGCUGUGGCAGCCGAGGGAUCCGUUUGCGGACGACGACGAUUAUGACGAUGAUGACGACGACAAUGGUGUGGGUGGUGCCGGGCGCGGUAAUGGGUCUGACGAUGGCCGGGACGACGGCGGUGUCGGCGGCGGGCAUAGUGGGUGGAAUAGGGGGAGCUGGUGGAGGGGCGUGGUCAGGACGACGAGGAGGGGCAUGAAGAGAGGGGGCGGGGAGAGGGGCCGUGAGACGGAGAGGUUCGGCGACGGCAGGGACGACAGCGACGACUCGGCCGGCGUCGGCGACGAGGAGGGCGAGGUUGACGAGGACAUGGACGACGAGGAAUUCGGCGACUUUGCCAUGCCCGAGGUGGACGCGCCGGCGGGGAAGCGGGGUGCUGCUGACAAUGACGGCAGCGAGGCCGGAGGACCCGAGGGCGCGGGCUCCGCCACGGGCAUCGACCCGGCCCGGGAGAAGGUUCUCCUCAAGCCGCUCCCCGUGCACCCGACGGCCAGCAAGUCGGUCGCGUCACCCUUUGGCAGCCUGUGGCCAUUCUCAUCGCAGGCGUUCGGUGCCGGAGGGAAGGGCAAGGGCGGCGAGGAGGUGGAGGAGGGCAAGGAAGGGUCCGGUACCGGUAGCGGCAGCGACGACGGGGCGGCUCACGUGCUCUCGGAGGAGCCGCUCGAGCUCGAGGCCCACGAGACCGUUGUCGGGGAGGACGGGAAGAGGAUUGACAGGGCUGUGGAGGCGACGCGGAGGACGAGCAUUGAGGACCCCGACGAGGACGAGAUUGGGCUCAGUGUUGGGGUUGGGCCUGGUGCGCGGGAGAGGGGAGGCAUGAGCUGAGGGGUGGUUAUUUCAUCAUUGGAUGGGAUGGAUGGCAUUGGUUGGAUAGAGUGAGAUGGGACGACCGUGUAACUGUACUGUAGCUAUUCUUGUGUGUUAUUUCUAUUGGACGCUUUUUGUUACAUCUCUAGGUGUCACCCUCAAGUGCCCAGCAUGUUGGCAAGGGGGUUGGUUGCCACGUGAUAGCAGGUCCAGCGAUUACCCUGUGGCAGUCAGCUGCUGCUGGUCGCAUUGACCCAUUGGGGCAUCUGAG